CUGCAAUUUACGACCUUCUGAUCGGAGCAUGCAAAGGUCAAUGGCAACUACUAAAGAUAAAAUGGAAAAAACAAACCUGUGCAGUGUGUUGAAGGGAGUAGGAGACCUCCAAAUGGAGGAACGUCCACUGCCCACCCCCAAGCCCGGAGAGGUGCUCCUAGCCAUGCAGUCUGUCGGUAUCUGUGGCUCUGACGUUCACUACUGGGUCCAUGGGAGGAUCGGGGACUUUAUUGUGCGGGAGCCCAUGGUUAUGGGACACGAAUCAAGUGGCAGGGUACUUGCCGUAGGAGAUGGUGUCACCAACCUCAAACAAGGGGACCGAGUGGCAAUAGAGCCUGGGGUUCCAUGCCGAUUAUGCACGUUCUGUAAGACAGGUCGCUACAACCUGUGUCUGGAUAUGAGGUUCUGUGCCACGCCUCCUGUCGAUGGGUCACUGGCCAGAUACUACACACACGCAGCUGACUUCUGUUACAAACUUCCAGAUAACGUGUCCUAUGAUGAGGGGGCACUACUGGAGCCGCUGAGUGUGGGUGUCCAUGCGUGUCAGCGUGCCGGUGUGAGACUCGGGAGUCGUGUGCUUGUGUGUGGAGCGGGGCCUAUAGGACUGGUCUGUAUGCUCACGGCCAAAGCCUCAGGGGCCUCCGAAGUUAUCAUCACUGAUAUUGAUGAGCACCGUCUAUCUGUUGCCAAGGCGAUGGGGGCCACCCAUACUGUAAAGGUGAACACUAAAGACGGUCGAGUCCUAGCCAACGAGAUACGGACCACCCUCGGAUGUUCCCCUGACCAAACUCUGGAGUGCUCUGGAGUUGAGUCCAGCAUCGCAACAGCCAUCUAUGCAACAAAGUCUGGAGGGGUUGUUGUGCUGAUUGGCCUGGGAGCACCGGAAGUCAAAAUACCCAUAGUGGAUGCCUCCGUCAGAGAAGUUGACAUUCGUGGCAUCUUCAGAUAUGCAAACUGCUACCCUACUGCCCUGGAGAUGGUAGCGUCAGGGCAAGUUAACGUGAAGCCUCUCAUCACACAUAACUAUCAGCUGGAACAGUCAGUGGACGCCUUCGCCAGAGCCAAGAGCGGAGAGGGUGGAGCUAUUAAGGUGAUGAUCCACUGUGGACAGGCCUGAACAAGAACGUAUUGAAUGUUAGUCACACAUUAGUUUUCUUUUCUGUCAUGUUAUUUGAAGCAAUGUGUAUGUUUUUAGGACGGGUAUCUAGUUGGUAUGUAAUAUAGAGUGAAAUAUGUAUGUUUUUGCUACGUAUUGAUAGCUCAACAAUAACUAUUAUUGAAAGAUUGAAACGUAUCAUUGAAUAUUCUUUUAAUGGUAAAA